ACGUGAGUAAACCAGUUUCUCUGUUGAUCUAAAAACAAAAAAAACAAAAAAAACUCCGACGAAAAACUUUCACGUUUUUGCCCUAAAUCCUUUCGUCUCUCUUUCUCCACCGAUUCAACUUCUCCCUCUCGCAUGCUUCGUCGACAUUGCUCGUUAUGUUGAAGUAGUCCUAGCUGUCUCCAUUUCUCAGCGGGUUUCUAUCGGCGGAAAAAAUCUCCGGUGAAGAGUCGGGAGUUUCAUAUUGAUUCUCCGCGUUUGAUUGGAAUUGGAAAUUCCGUUCGGUGUUCCUAUCUGAACUCAAAAUUAGGGUUUAUAGGCAGUCUCGCCAAUGGCUCCUGGGCGUAAAAGAGGAGCGAACAAAACCUUGGCGAAAGGAGAUUUGAGACUGAGUGAUUUGGUACUUGCUAAAGUCAAAGGCUUCCCUCCUUGGCCUGCUAAGAUCGGCCGGCCCGAAGAUUGGGGUCUUGCUCCAGACUCAAAGAAAUAUUUUGUUCAGUUUUUCGGAACACAGGAAAUAGCUUUUGUUACGCCACCUGAUGUUCAAGCCUUCACUAGUGAGGCAAAGAAAAAACUAUUAGAAAGAUGUCAAGGUAAAACAGUCAAGUUCUUUGCCCAAGCUGUGGAGGAAAUCUCCGCUGCAUUUGAAGAGUCGCAGAAUCACAAGUCAGAUAGUUUGGGCAACGAGGAUCUUUUGAUUGCUGUUGAGCCAAGUUUGACCAAGACUAAGACAUUGGAUGGAACAGAUCAUAGAGAAUCUGGUAAUGAUGGAAAUUCCGAUAAGUUCGACUCUAGGGCGAAUCCUUGUCUUCAUAAAUUAGUUGAGAAUAAUGGUGCAGAGGCAAAGCCUGACAUAGGAGAGGAAGAUUUAUCUCCAUUUCUGAAAUCAAAUAACAGAAGUACGUCCCCAGGUGGUGAGCCUCUGAAGCACGGAUCACCUGACCCUCUUUUAAAGGUAGCAAGUGAUGGUGUCACUUGCACUGAGCAUCGCGAUGGUGCUGGAAAGAAUUCGGUCAACGGUGAGCGAAUAAUAAAGAAGAUAACGGGUGACUCGGAGAAAAAAUGUAAAGAUGAGGUUCAUAGAGCCAAACGUGUGCCUGAUAGCCGAGCUGCUACAGAUAAUAAUCUCAUUGGUCCUAACCAGAAGUUAAAGGGCAGUAAGAAUGAAGCUUUUGACAGUAAAGUGGUGCCGGAUCUUAAUAUCGCCAGUUAUAAAAAGUCAAAAAAGUUGCUGAAAGAGAAACCUAGCGCCCGAGUCUGUAGUGAUAAGAAUGAGUAUGCGCUUGACUGUAAACCUGGGAUUUUGGGGAAGAAAAAGAGGCUUGAAAGUGAACUCGGAAAGUCUGCAUCAAGAGCAGAUGAAAGUAAACGUGCUGCUAAGAGGCAGCGAUCUGGAGAUGCUAAUGAUCAAAAACAAUGUAAGACCAAUGGUCUUCUUUCUGUUGGUGAAGGCAAAGCUGAAGGAUCUGAUUCUACUGGCGUUGUAUCACCCCGGGGAAGAGAAGUUCAACCUGAUAAGAAAGUGGUCGCUUAUACAAAGCGCCGCAAACAGACAGUGGAGCGUACAAGCGUUUCCUCUUUUUCUGGGUCUCGUGAUAAAGAGGGGACAAAACAUCUAGAGCGGAAGAUUAGUUCAUCUUCUGCUGGUGAUAUGAAGGUUCCAGCUGCUCAGCUGCCUAAGAGACGGAGGGCGGUUUAUAUAAAUGACGAAGAUGAUGACGAAGAUCCAAAGACUCCAGUGCAUGGAGGACAUACCAAUGUUCAUAAAGCUACAUCAGCUUUUACUGAUGGUCCGAAAAGUGCUAAUGCGUCCCAUGAUGCUACUAUUAAAACGAAGGUAUUCGCUGGAUCUGCAGAAAAGGCUGAAAUAGGGAAAGUACCUCUGUGUAAACAUAACAAGGAUGGUUCACUUGCACUACCUAAAAGCAUGGAGGGCCUUUCGAAUUGCUCGCCUAUGGGAAAACCAGUGACCGAGUUGCUCCCAAAAAAUGUCAAGUCGAUUUUGAGAUCUCCUAAGAAGUCCUCUCAGCUGGUUUCAUUCAAGAAACAGGUGACAGGACAAAAUAAAACUGCUAAAGUCUCUGGUGCGGGAAUGCCAGAUAUCGUGGAGGGCCUUUCGAACAGCUCGCCUAUGGGAAAACCAGUCAUCAAGUUGAACACGAAGAAGCAGAUCGUGAGAUCUCCUAAGAGAUCUCCUCAGUUGGUUUCAACUAAGGACCAGGUGGCAGGACAGAAUUUAGCCGGAAAAGUCUAUAGUCGGGGGAUGUCAAAAAUAUGUCAAGGCGAUUCUUCUAAGGAUGCAUUGGCUGGUUCUGAUAGAGUAAGCUCUUCUCAAUCUCAGACAGCAAAACAGAGAAGCAAACCAGCUUUAGGGGAAAAGCUAACAGACACUCCAAAUGUUGCAACUCGUUUGAACGAUGCUGGAGUGUCAAGAGACACUUCUGUGAACUUGUCCACUGGAAUGAUUGAUGUCAAUCAAGGAAAUGGAAGUGCCCCAUUGACCAGUUCUGGGAUGCCAGAUUCUUCUUCAUCUAUGAAGAACCUGAUUGCAGCUGCCCAAGCAAAAAGAAAACAAGCUCACUCACAUACUUCACCGUUUGUGAAUCUAGACCAUACAAUCUUAAGCAUCGGUGAAACUCAGAUGAGAAGUCAUAGCCCUUUAAUGAUUCAGAAUGUUUCAUCUCCUGCCGGCGAUGCCAUGCUAAUUAUUGCUCAGGGACAUCAAGAAGAUCCGACUCCGUCAAAUCAUGUCCACCAGUCCCCAGCAAGUAAUUUAGCGGAGACUGAAGAGAAUGAUGAGAGAAGAGUUAGCUCAGGGCAUAUGUCAGUUGGGGACGCUGGAACUGAGGCUGCGAUUUCUCGAGAUGCUUUUGAGGGAAUGAUAGAGACCUUAUCCAGAACGAAGGAAAGUAUUGGACGUGCAACCCGCCAGGCAAUUGAAUGUGCCAAGUAUGGGAUGGCCAGUGAGGUUGUGGAAUUACUCAUACGAAAGUUGGAAAUUGAACCGCAUUUCCGCCGUAAAGUGGACUUAUUCUUUCUCGUUGAUUCGAUCACCCAAUGUUCUUAUAGCCAAAAAGGUAGAGCUGGCGCUUUGUAUAUUCCUACUGUGCAGGCAGCCUUGCCACGCCUUCUAGGUGCUGCUGCUCCUCCAGGGACUGGUGCUCGUGAAAAUCGUCAUCAAUGUCGCAAGGUGUUAAGGCUGUGGCUUGAGAGGAAGAUUUUCCCAGAUUCUCUUCUGCGCCGUUAUAUUGCUGAUAUUAGUGCCUCUGGUGGUGAUGCAACUGUUGGGUUUACCUUACGACGCCCUUCUAGAUCUGAGCGUUCUGUAGAUGAUCCUAUAAGGGUAAUGGAAGGGAUGCUUGUUGAUGAGUAUGGGAGUUUUCUCUGCAGCAAUGCGUGUUUUCAGCUGCCUGGAUUUUUAUCUUCUCACACUUUUGGAGAUGAUGUGGAAGACGAGGAUCUUUUAAUCACAUCAACGGAAGUUGUUAACACACAUAUCGAAGAACCAGUCGAUGCUUUAGGCAAGUUAGAGGCACAUGAUGGUUCGAGUGAUAAACCUUGUGUUUUAGAGGCUGUCAAUGGUGUGCUUGAAAAGGAAGAUGUGUCUUACCAGCCGGGAGAUGAAGAACCUUCUUAUGUUUGUGGGAUUGAAGCAAAGGUUGACUCGCCGGCUGCUACCACUGCAACUGAGCUGCCUCCUUUUCCAGAGUGUUCUCCUCCGUUACCUCAUGAAUCGCCUCCAUCUCCCCCUCCUCUACCUUCUUCUCCUCCACCCCCAUCUCCGCCUCCACCCCAAUCAUCUCCACCGCAAUUGCCACCACCACCACCACCUCUCUCCGAGCAAUGUUCACCUCCACCACCAGCUCCAUUGCCACCUCGACCACCCCCUACACCUCCACAAUCUAUAGCUCUACCAGAAUCAUCAAUAACUCAACCGUCCAAGCCUAGCCAUCCGUCAGUACCACUUCAACCAGAAUUCGUUCCCCCAGCAUGUCCAUUAUUGCAACAUGAAUACCAGACAUCUAUGCAGCGGUCUAGCAUUGCCACUAGUAAUCAAAUUGCCCAAGUGCUCGUAAACGCUGCACAUGGAAGGCAUGCUGAUGGCGACGUGUUUUUAAAACAUGAAGCUUCUUUACAGAACCAACGUCUUCAAUCGAGCAAUACCUCUUUUAUACAGAGUCCAAUGAUUAGGAAUCACGCCCCAGCACCAUCCAGCCAUUUUUCGCUUCCAAGCCGGAUUGUUCAUUCACAACCUCAGCGGUCCUCCUUUCCUCAUCCUUGCCCUUUUUCUUCUCAGCUAGUUGAUGGGCGACGGCAUAUGAACGAGGACCCAUGCCGGAGGCCUUUCAGUGGACGUAGUGCAGAUACUCAACAUGGAGCUUGGAUAAGUGGAAGAAACCCACUUCCAGGCCCUCAUACAGUUACAGAUGGUUUCUUUCAGCCACCUCCAGAAAGACCACCAACAGAGACAAUGAGCUAUCAACUUGCUGCUAAUAACUUGCAAGCUGGCCCUACAAUUUCAGGUCAUACUGCUACGCAGAUGUUACCAUCUCGGCCAGACAUACCUUCUGCGGCUCGUUGGAGGCCAUCUUGAAGUUAAGACAGUUCGAAAUAGACUGCCUUCCCUUCCAUGAAGGACUUUUUGGGCGGUAUAUUCACUUCCAGGGGCAUCAAAACUCUGCAGACUAUUGUCAGGAUACUGCUCUAUUGUAAUUUUUCCUGACAAAUUUAUCACCGGAUCAUGUUCUUCACAGUAUAUGCCCUUGUUUCUAAUUUGAACCUAGGUUGUCCUGGCUGGAAGCCUUAGCAGGAUCAUGAAGCAUCCAUUAUAAGCAAUCGGAACUCCAUUCAGCCGGUGUUACAUGAAUAUCCAUAUUGAAUCUUGCGCACUGCUUAUCUGAAGUAUGUUGAGGACUUGAGGUCUACACGUUUGAAAACGGAGUGGUGAAGAUGAGCGUCCUUGGACCAAAUUUAAUCUCGAGGUAAAGACUAAAGAUUCUAGAGACUAGUCUUUGACUGUUCAAUUCUGAAGACAAAGUUUGAAUUUGAAAACCGGGCUCAUCUGAGAAUAGAGAUGUUGCUGCGAGCUAGAGCAAGUCAAGCCCUGUUAUUCUUAAAGCAUAUAUUUUUUUCAUCAUGUGAAAACGAUAAGAAAAUUCUAGAAUAGAAAAUAUAUUUUAUUUCAAAGAAAAAAGAAUAGCUCAAUCCAGAGUCAUAGAAAGAAUAUGGAACUUUGAUCAGAAAUAACUAGUGUUUUCUACCCCUUUAGUUAAUAUAUCAUCAUUUUGAAUGUAUAAUUGUUUCGGCUCUAGCGUAUAUCAUUCCAUGUUGCCAACAAAAAAAAGAGCAUGUGGUUCCACUGGUUAAGUCGUUAUUGGAGAAUGUAAAAUAACUACUCGUCUCUUU